UCUCACCUCCAAAUCAAACUCAAAACUUUAAAAGCUUCCUAAAGAGGCCUAAUGUCGAGAGCUUAAACACUUCAUCAUACACUAAAACAGCAAGAUCAAGCUAAGCAAAUUCCCCUUUACAACAAAGAUUUUACAUAUCCUAACAAAAGAUGAACAAUUUUGUUUAUAGUUGGUCUGACGGCAAGACGUUGCCUGAAAGUUAUGUAUUUCCACCUGAAAAAAGACCUGGGGAGCACCUUGUCCAUGUUUCCAAGAAUAUUCCGGUAAUUGAUCUUGGAAAGGCGGUCGGGCUUCAUCGCAAGGAGGCAAUUCAGCAGAUUAUUGAUGCUAGUCAAGAGUUCGGAUUUUUUCAGGUGAUUAACCAUGGAGUUCCGAGAAGAGUAGUUGAAGACGCGAGAGCUGCUUAUCAAGGAUUUUUCGAUCUUCCUACAGAGGAAAAGAUGAGAUUAUAUUCUUCAGAUGUCAAUAAGAAAUGCAUAUUUUACACAAGCAGUGUGUUCUAUGAUAACGAAGACAUUCAUGCUUGGAGGGAUUCUUUAAGACACUUGUGCACCCCUUUAGACGAAUGCAUCCAUUCUUGGCCUCAAAAACCUACCAAAUACAGGGAGGUUGUGCAGAAGUAUGUAACUGAAGUUAGAGAGAUGGGAUCGAGAAUUUUGGAGCUCAUAAGUGAAGGAUUGGGGCUUGGAGUUGGAUAUUUUGAAAACGAAUUGAGUCAACAACAAUAUUUGAACGUUCAUCGGUACCCUCCAUGCCCUGAUCCAAGUUUAACCUUGGGACUGAGACCGCACUGUGAUACUGGACUCAUAACCAUACUUCUCCAAGGAACUGUCGCGGGGCUUCAAGCGUUGAAGGAUGGACAAUGGAUGUGUAUUGAGCCAAUUCCUGAUGCAUUUGUUGUAAACAUUGGGUACCAAUUACAGAUUGUUAGCAAUGGUAAGCUGGUGAGUGUGGUACAUAGAGCAGUUACGAACAAAGAUGAAGCACGGAUGUCUGCUGCCUUCUUCAUCGAGCCAAAGGAAGACUGUAUCGUGGAGCCUGCGAAAGCAAUUACCACUGAUGCUGGAAAUCCUGCAGUGUAUAAGAGUGUUCAGUAUGCAGAGUUCGUUCAAACGUUUAGGGCAGCCUAUCUAGGAAAAACUCAGAAUGUGUUGGAACAUUACAUGGUAUGAUGAACUACAUCAACUUCGUCUUCUGAAAAAAGAAUUAAAAGAACAGCUUGAAGAUCGAUCCUGCAAGUCUGCAACACACUUAGCCUUAUUGCUGAUGCUUAUAUGAGUAUGUCAUAUUUGUGCAUAAGAGUAGUUUUAUCAAACAAUACGUAAGGGAGACCUUUUCUUGCAAUCUUUUAAUCACUAUAUACAAUAUGGAGUACUACUUAAAAUACGGAUUAUCUAUAUAUUUUACCUUUGGCUAUC